GUGGAGUUUACGCUUAUGCCCUUUUCCUUCCCUUAGGGCAAUUCUUGCCGCCUACUCCAUAUUCCCACUCAUCUGCCCAUUUGGAUUUCCUCUCAGCUGCUUUGCUGUUUUCACGCCCCCACCCGACUCUUCUUCUCCCUCUCGCUCGCCUUCCGAUCGCUUAGGGUUUCUGCACAAUCGUUUGUGUUGUUUCGGUUCUAGACAGAGCUUCAGAUGUCGAAAGCUAGUUCCAAAGCCGCGGCGGCAGCGCUGGCCGCCGGCGGGAAGACCGGCGUCCGGAUUGUCGUCGCUGGCGACCGCGGCACAGGGAAGUCCAGCUUGAUAAUUACUGCCGCAGUCGAUAAUUUCCCGGGUACUUGCCCGCCUGUUCUCCCUCCCACCAGGCUCGCCGAGGAUUUCUACCCCGACCGGGUUCCCGUCACCAUCAUUGAUACCUCCUCCAAGUUGGAGGACACAGGGAAAGUUGCCGAGGAACUGAAGCGAGCUGAUGCCGUUGUUCUAACUUAUGCAUGUGAUAGGCCGGAGACUCUUGACCGGUUGAGCACCUUCUGGUUGCCUAAGCUGCGACAGUUGGAGGUGAAGGUGCCGGUUAUUGUAGUUGGUUGUAAACUGGAUUUGAGGGAUGAGAACCAGCAAGUGAGCUUGGAGCAAGUGAUGUCACCGAUAAUGCAACAGUUCCGAGAGAUCGAAACCUGCAUUGAGUGUUCUUCAUUUAAGCGCAUUCAGAUCCCCGAGGUUUUCUAUUAUGCACAAAAAGCAGUACUUCAUCCUACCGCUCCUCUAUUCGAUCAGGAAUCCCAAACACUGAAGCCAAGGUGUGUCAGAGCCUUGAAACGGAUAUUUAUCCUUUGUGAUCACGACAGAGAUGGUGCCCUGAGUGAUGCAGAGCUAAACGACUUCCAGGUCAAAUGUUUCAACGCUCCGUUGCAACCUUCAGAAAUUGUGGGUGUGAAGAGGGUUGUUGAAGAAAAGUUGCCUGGUGGUGGAACUACUGAUGGAGGAGUUAAUGAACGCGGCUUGACGUUGACUGGUUUUCUUUUUCUCCAUGCCUUGUUCAUAGAAAAAGGGCGUCUUGAGACAACUUGGACUGUCCUCAGGAAAUUUGGUUACAAUAAUGAUAUCAGACUCGACGAUGAAUUAAUUCCAUCAUUUAAACGAGCUCCUGAUGAGAGUGUUGAGCUUUCAAGUGAACCUCUUGAUUUCUUAAGGGGGAUCUACGAGUUAUUCGACGGCGAUUAUGAUAACAACCUUCGGCCUGCUGAGCUGGAUGAUAUUUUUUCUACUGCACCUGAUAGCCCCUGGGAUGAACCUCCAUACAAGGACGCUGCAGAGAGAACUUCACUGGGUGGCCUCUCAGUUAAUGCAUUCUUAUCUGAGUGGGCCCUGAUGACACUUCUACAUCCAUCACGUGCUGUGGAGUACUUGAUUUAUAUUGGAUAUCUAGGCGAUCCCUCUACCGCUGUUCGUGUGACAAGGAAAAGGCGUUUGGACCGCAAGAAGCAACAAUCAGAAAGACAUGUUUUCCAGUGCUUUGUCUUUGGACCAAAGAAAGCUGGAAAGACGUCGUUGUUGAAUUCUUUUAUAGGAAGGCCCUGUCCUGACGGUCAUGCUUCAACGACUGAAGAGAAGUUUGCAGCGAAUGUCGUUGAGCUUCCUGGUGGUACCAAGAAAACCCUUGUGUUGAGAGAGAUUCCUGAAGAUGAAGUGAAGGGCUUGCUCUCAAGUAAAGAAUCUCUAGCAUCAUGCGACAUUGCAGUAUUUGUUUAUGAUAGUUCUGACGAGUCCUCAUGGAAGAGAGUGACUGAAUUGCUUCUGGAUGUUGCUGGUCAUGGUGAAGAUACUGGCUACGAGGUCCCUAGCCUGAUAAUUGCAGCUAAAGAUGAUCUCAGUUCGUUCCCUAUGGCAAUUCAGGAGACCACAAGGGUGCUAAUCUCAAUUUCAGAAAUUCUCUUUUUGAUUUGUGAGGUUGCUCCAGUUCAUUUGUUUACUGAUUGAAAGACCCAAAUAUUGGCUUUUGUAGGUCACUCAAGAUUUGGGGAUAGAGGCUCCAAUUCCCAUAAGUUCGAGAAUGGGCGAUACAAAUAACGUCUUCCGUAGGAUUGUAAACGCAGCUGAGCACCCACAUUUGAGCAUUCCUGAAACUGAAGCUGGAAAAAGUCGCAAACAGUACCAUCGUCUCGUCAACCGCUCGCUUAUGUUUGUUUCAGUUGGAGCUGCUGUCGCCAUUGUUGGUCUGGCAGCCUACCGAGUUUAUGCCGCGAGAAAGAGCUCAUCGAGCUAAAAGGGGUUGAAUCAGCAACCAUAUCCCUUUUGGGUAAGGAUGGGGAUUUAGAAAGCAAACAUCACCCAAUUGGAUGUUAUUGCUUGGGUAGUUUUCACUUGGGAGUUGUAUUUCGACUGUAGGAUUAGUUAGUAUAUUCCUGUUUAUCAAUGUCUUCCAUCGACGACCUUAUUAUGCAAAAAAAGUCCAGUGGAAUAGAGUUUCAGUAGUCUUUGAAUUUGACAGAGGAUUUGUAUCAUCCAUCUGUUGCGCUCUUGAGCAGGGUUUGUGCAAUAAGUAAAGAAAUUUUGUAGCAUCAGCUCUCUCUCUCUCUCUCUCUCUCCUCGUAGGAACUGGUAAUGUAACUUAGCACUUGAAAUUCUUCGCUCAGCUUUUCUAGCGACGAAAUGGCGAGUCAAUCUGGUAAUCUCGUCGCCCACUUUCCUCACAAGUUCACAGCACCAGCUCGGCUCCUGUAACACU